AUGGUGCUCUUCACCGACGGCUACGACGUGGUCCUGGAGGCCACGUCCCUGAGCCAGCUGCCGGAGGCCUUCCAGCGGCUCGAGCGGGCGCUCGGGCCCCUCGUCGGACCGCCCGGCGGCCCCGUCGUGUUCAACGGGGAGGGGAACUGCUGGCCCUUCCCGCACCAGGGCGCCUGGGCGGGGCCCGCCGAGCCCGUCGUCUCCGGCGACUACCGGCCGGACUACCAGUACCGGUUCGGCAACGGCACGCGGUUGCGAGGGGACCAGAUCUGCGACCACUGGCACCGCCAAGCGCGGCUGAGAGGCCGCGGUGCCUCGCCCGAGGCAGCGCCCCUCGCGCCGUUCCCCAACAGCGGCGCCUUCAUCGGCCGCGCGGGGAGCCUGCGGCGCCUCUUCGGCCUCGCGGCGGAGGUGCUGGAGCUCUUCGGGGACUUCGAGGACCAGGCCCUGCUGUACUCCACCCCGGAGGGCGGUCCGUUCAGAACUGGCCCUCGUUGGGAUGACUGCGGGGACUGCUGA